AUGACAUUUGCGCACCCGUCGCUCCCCCUCAGCGGCCAAGUCCCUGGGCCACUACUUUACUCCGCCCCUUCCCCACCACGCUCCCCGGCCACUGGAUCUCCUGUCCUCCCCCCCCUAGUUCUCCAGCUCCUUAACUUUCUUGCUCUCCUCUUGGGGCCCCCCCACCCAGCGUCCCAUUCCGAACCUCCCCAACCUUCCCGACCUUGGCUGCGCGAGUGCGCGCUUGGUCCCGUCCCCAGGAUGCCCCAUUCCGCACCUGCCCCCCCCCUUGGCCAACGGCCAUCCCACUGUCCCUCGGCACUUGCGUACUCCUUCAGCACCACUUCUCCCCCGGGUUUUUCCCAUGGUCCCCCUUCUCAACCCGUCAGGCCCCCGCACUGCGUCCCAAACCAGACAGAUCACUCUUCCCGCACAGCUCACGCCCAGCUCUAG